AUGAAUGACGAUCCCGGUGUGCAGUUUUUGGCCGCCAGGUCCAGAAAGAGAUCCCAUCGUGAAAUGUCUGAUUCGCACCAUGGCAGCCAAUCGUCCUGGCCGCAACAUGGAGAACCUUCAAGCUCUUCCAGUGCUGCUCCCCGGGAGCCACAUCGUCUUGCGCUCCCUCCGCUGCCCCAGAUGAGGUAUCCGGGCGAUGGAUACGACUAUCGCCGCCCAGUCAUGUCGUCGUCCUCUCAAACAGAGAAUGUGAUCGAUUUGACGAACGAGCCCGAUUCACCUCCUCAACCGACCCGCAAUAAUGGCCUUAGUCACCGACCACGUAACCAUCGCCCUCCUCGAUUUGGGAGGAAUAUCAUGGCCGAUGUCGUUGAUUUGGAAGAGGAGCCUGAUCCUGCACCACCACCUCCUCGUCGUGAUGAUCCGCCCAGCAGCCCCGAAGUACAAUUCGUACGAGCUACCGUGCGGCCACAGAGGCCACAGAGGCCACAGAAUGUCGCCUCCAGGGCCCGGAGUUUCAUGGGCCGAUCCAGUCUCUUCGAUAUGCUACGGCUUCGACCAUCUAGAUUCGGCUCGAACGACAUGAUAUCGGGAGAGGAGGCUUUCAGACGGGAAGUGGCCAUGCGUGCACGGGACUUAGCAACGCGACAUCAACCGCCCCAUGGGGUAGACACGUUAUGGAUUGACGACGGUCAUGGAGGAGAAGGCGUUGAUCUUACCAUCGACGUGGACAUGGAUGUUCCCUUUGGAAUGGAUUACCAGGUACCUGGGUUUGCAAUGGGAAAUCGAUCUCGCCCUCCUCAGUCAUACAAGCCGCCCAGCCCGCCUCCCGAAGGGUUUACAAGAACGGCGCACGAGGACGAUGUCGUGGUCUGUCCCAAUUGUGAUCAUGAGCUGGGAACGGGUGAUGAGAUCAAACAGCAAAUCUGGGUUGCAAAGCCUUGUGGACAUGUUCGUGGUUCCCGUUACCGGUUUACUGUGGAGAGUGUGCCAAAAACCGCGCCAGAGGGAAGAAGGCUCAAUCCUCGCAGACAAAGACGAAACAUUUUUCAAGGUGUAGGGUUCCUGGCUGUGACAAACCAGUCAGUGCCCCAAAAGCGAUGUUUCAGAUUUAUCUAUAAACCAGAAGAACCACCCUACUCGAGCAAGGGAUUGGCGGGCUCAUUAGCAUGGCAUCUGGCGUUUUACGGGUUUUGCAUAGAUUUAUGGCGGAUGGGUAGUCGUUGGACUGGGUUCCUUUUUCGUGUGUUUUGA